GCUCCCCAAAACAUUUUGUCUGAAUUUCUUCCGCCUCCCGGUCGAAGCGGAUGGCGAUGGCAGGCAGGAGGCGCCCCGAUCUCCUCCUGCGCUGCCGCGCCAAUCUCUCGGCCCGUAAUCCGCCGAGAUCCAACCUUUCCACCAACUCCGGCCGGAGUCCGUCCGAACCCGCCGACCCGGCCCGCGCGGCGUCGAUCCUGGCCGAGAAGGACUGGUUCGCGCGGCUCAACUCGGAGUUCGCCGCCGCGCUGCCGCGCCUGGGCCCGCGCUUCGUGGUCCGCGUGCUGCACGCCGCCGUGCCCCUCGAGCCCCGCCUCUGCGUCCGCCUCUACGUUUGGGCGUCGCGGUUCGGGACCCACUUCGCGCGCGACGCCUCGGUGCGGCGGGCCCUGGAGGACGCGCUGUGGCGGCGCGGGCCGCUGGUGCUGUCCGCGGCGCUGGUGGCGGAGGUCAGGGGCUGCGGGUGCGAGGUCUCCGAGGAGCUGCUCUGCUCCAUGAUCGCCAGCUGGGGCAGGCUGGGCCUCGCGCAGUACGCGCACGAGGUGUUCGUGCAAAUGCCGCGCCUCGGGCUGAGGCCCAGCACCGCGGUGUACAACGCCCUGAUCGCGGCGUCCGUGAGGGCUGGGGCCGUCGACACGGCGUACCUCAGGUUCCAGCAGAUGCCUGCGGACGGGUGCCAGCCGGACUGCUUCACCUACAACACACUCGUUCACGGGGUCUGUCGUAGUGGGAUCGUCGAUGAGGCGCUCCGGCUGGUGAGGCAGAUGGAGGGCGUCGGGAUCAAGCCGAAUGUGUUCACUUACACGAUGUUGGUUGAUGGGUUCUGCAAUGCUGGCAGGCCAGAGGACGCACUUCAUGUGUUCAAUACGAUGAAGGAUAAGGGUGUAUCACCGAACGAGGCCUCGUACAGGACUUUGGUUCAUGGUGCAUUCCGGUGCUUGGGGAGCCACAAGGCGUAUGAGAUGCUUAGUGAGUGGAUAGGACGUCAGCCUCCACUGCACCCAAGUGCGUGGCAUACUAUGCUGUAUUGCUUAUCAAAGAAUGGGAUGGCCAAAGAGGUAGUUGAGGUCGUGAAGAAGAUGAAAACUAGGGGUCUUCUCCUUGACAAUGCAAUGUUUCGCAUUGUGGUCUCUUGUGCUGUGAAGUGCCUGGAGUUGAGUGAUUUGUGUGAGUUGGUUGAUGAUUUCGUAAAGAAAGGCGGGAAUCCUGGAUUUCAUGUCUAUAUUAUGAUCAUCAAAUCCUUACUGGACUGCAGAAGUUCUUCAAAGGCAAACCACUAUUUAGAGCGCAUGGUUUUGGAUGGGCUCUUGUCUAGUGUGGCAUCUUAUAACAUGGUGAUAGAUUGCUUUGUCAAGGAAGGUGCAGUGGAUAGGGCAGUGGAGAUUAUAAAACAGAUGCGAGAGAAAGGUUUCCUUCCAAACCUUGUUACCUUUAAUAUACUGAUAAGUGGUUACUCAAAGUUAGGGGAUGUACAUAAUGCAAAGGCCGUUCUUAAGAUGCUUAUGGAACAUGGUUUCAUGCCAGAUAUCAUUACUUUUACCUCCCUCAUUGACGGGCUAUGCCAUGCCCAUCAAAUGGAUGAUGCGUUUGAUUGCUUCAGUGAGAUGGCAGAGUGGGGUGUUAGACCAAAUGCUCAUACUUACAAUGUACUAAUGCGUGCGCUUUGUUCAGUAGGGCACGUUAACAAGGCCAUUGAUCUUCUUAAUAAAAUGAAAAUAGACGGCAUUACUCCCGAUGCAUAUUCCUUCAAUGCUCCCAUUUUGAGUUUUUGCAGAAUGAAGAAAGUAGAUAAAGCUCGUAGUAUUUUUAAUGCCAUGCUGAGAUUAGGUGUUGUUCCAGACGGUUACACAUGCAACAUCCUGAUUAAAGCUCUGUGUGAUGAAAGAAGAGUUGAUGAUGCCAAAGAAAUUCUAGCUGCAACAGAGUCUAGUUGCUGUACUGUGACCGAUCAUCAUCACUCAUACUGGCCAAUUGUUUCUGCACUUACUAAAAUGGGUCGAUUCAGUGAGGCAGGACAGUUGAUGAACAAAUGUCACAUCAGAAAUGUUCAGUUGGAUUGUGGUUCUAAUCGUACCAGAGAGCCUGCAAUGCAUGCCUGAGUUAUCAAUGUGUGAGUUGUGAUUUGGUAUCUAGGUGCUAUUUGGUACAUGAAUGAUGCCCUCCUCCUGCAAUGAAGGCUCACAACAGGCUCAUCUUUGCUAAGAUGAAUCACUUGGAACUUCUCGGCACCCAUUGCUUUGUAUUGCAUUUCAGGAAUGAUAUGGAUUUGCACAUUUGCAUCUGAAAAUCUUUGCAGAAGAAGUCAGCUGCUGAUUUCCAAAAGGAUUCUUAUGCUUGUGUGCAAAUGCUGUUCUUUUGGGAAACAAACAUUCCACAUCAUGCAAACUCGAUGCUGUGGAGGAUAAUUUCUUCCAAAUCCUCCUUGAGUAUCUGGUGUUUCAGACUGCACCCCAACAGCGCUCCAUGAUGACUAUGUCUACCGGUCAUGGGGGAGUUUCUUAUGUGAAUUCUCAUCGCUGCUCACUUCUGUUCAACCUGACGGGGGCUAGCUUCUGUUCUUAUUCAUGACCUGUUCAUGGUGAGGAGGUGCGUUAUUCUGGUCUUGAGGCUACUUAGAGCGUUGAACUGACACCUGGAGAUGAAUAACGCCGAUUCACAUAUGUGGCCUCCUGUACCCAGUUGUUACAGCUGUAUAUACACCAAUUGUUGCAGUUGUAUAUACAGUUGCUGAUAGAAUUGAUUCUAGAAACUACAUUCGUUACUUCAGACCAGGAUGCAUAUAUAAAGCUUAAUUGUUCAGACGUCUCCUAUC